CCACGACUCUGUGGUGGCGGCGGCAGUUUUCCGCAUGGACUGUGCUCACUCGUCUCAGUAGCGGAGCUCGCUGGUCGGCAGCGCGGCUUCGUGGUGGCGGCGGCUCUCUCCGCGUGGCUCCUGGGCUUCUUGUCAGGGCUGGCACUUGUCGUGAUUCCUAGGCGCUUCUGUUGCUGCGCACCGGGGCGAGCUGGCCGCGCUUUGCCGUCGGCGCGAGGGAGGAAAUAAAGAAGCAAGGGAAUUGUCCAAAUCCGUCUACGUGGCGGGUGGAGGCUUUAUUGGCCGUGGGAGCCGCGAUGGAGAAGCUGCAGACCUCUCCCAACCUCGCAUGGACAAAAAUGGCCCCAGGACUGGGGAACUGUGGGAUGAUAUAGGAGUGGGACAGGGAGGGCGAGGGCCCUCCCGCCCAAUGAAUACAGACGCCGUGGUGAUGACAUGGACCACGGCGACCAAGAGGAACGCGGCAGGGGCAGACAUGGGGCCUCAGGGGCAGAUUAUACCAGAAAGAAGAUUCGUAGAAGCAGUAAAUCGUGAAGCAUAUCAGUAUCAAAUUGGUGACUUUCCAGUAGAAUGGGAAGCAUGGAUAAGAAAAAAGAGAGACGAUCCACCCACCAUUGAGGAAAUUCUUAGGAAUGAAAAUUAUAGAGAAGAAAUGAAGCAGAAAGUCAAGGAUGUAUCUGAAAAGGAUAAGCUGCUUCAGGCCAAAGAGUAUGAGGAAGGACUUGUUGCUGAACCAAGUCAUACUCAGGUUAAAGGCCACGCGUCUGCCCCUUACUAUGGAAAGAAGGAGCCCUCACAAGACCCCACAAGCACUGCAAAUAUCUUCCAGCCAGGUGCCUGGAUGCCACCAGGCAGUGAUAGUAGUCAAAAUAAAUAAGCAAUUUAAUGGACAGAUACUCUUAAUGGAUUAAUAUUUUAACAGACAACAUGCAUAGCUGUUAUAUACUAGUGUACAAUAAAGCCGUAUUAAAGCAGUUUCAGUUAUUUUUGCAGAACUAUUCAAAUAGGCUUGAUCAUGACAAAGUAUGUAAAGUGUUUGGGUUUAGUGAAAAAGAAUUCAUAGUUAAAAGACUAUCUAAAUUUUCUUAAAGUCUAAAUUACUUUUCUCCUUGAAGUCUAAUUUAGUUUUAAAACUGUUCCUAAUGUAAGAAUUGUUGUCUAUACACUUACAUUUUCUAAAGCCUUGGCCAAGAUGUCUUUUUGGAAUAAAUCCCUUGGCAGUGCCAGCAUGCUUUCUGCUGGCAAGCAGACGGAAAAGUUGAUUUCAUUAACAGGAAUCACUACUAGACUGCACUGAUUACGCACUGUGUAUUUAUCGUAGAGAUGGUCGUGUAACUUAAAACAGUCAACAAAUUUGAAUGUUUGAUUUUAAAACAGUCAACAUAUUUGAAUGUUUGAUUUUAAAAUAGUCAACAUAUUUGAAUGUUUGAUUUGCAGACAGCAAUUUGCACAGGGUAAAAUCAGUUAAAAUACAUAUAACUGCUAUAAUAGAAGAUAGAAGUACUUGAUAAAGCUGCUGGAAAAUAACACUAGGUCUCGGACAAGGGACUGUCAUGAAUAUUUUAAAAAAAUAUUAGUUUUUAUUCUUGGUGUAUCCAUGGACUUCCCUAGAUGAUUAGAUCAUUUUGGCCAUAAUUUAGAUACAUAAAAUGUGCAGAUUAUUUGCUUAGAGAUGAUGCUUGAGAACUUCAAAUAAAAAUAAAGACCACACAA